CACCCUGCCAAGUGUUUCUGAAGUUGAAGCCACAUAAUUAGCCAUGGUUAAUUCUUCAAGUUAAAUUCCAACCCAAGGUAACCAGAAUGCUCCCACAGCUACUCAUAUAAAUAUGGCAUCAUAGAACACCAUGGGAGAAGGGAAAAAGAGAGAAACUUGGAUUUAAAAAUCCAUUUUUUAUCUCCUUUCACGCACCCCAUUUGAGUUUUUCUUCCAUUUUUGUUCUUUUGGGGCAAAAGGGUGUUCAGAUUGAGGGCCCAACAAUGAAGAGGUCUCCAUCAUCUUCUUGUUCAUCAUCUUCUGAAGCUUCCAUUGCUGAGCAAGAAAAGAAAAGACCUAAUUAUGAAAAGAAGAACAACUUGAAGUCACAGAAAUGCAAGCAGAACCAAACCACUUGCAGAAGAAGCUCUGUCUAUAGAGGAGUUACAAGACAUAGGUGGACAGGUAGGUUUGAAGCUCACCUAUGGGAUAAGAGCUCAUGGAACAACAUUCAGAGCAAGAAGGGUAAACAAGUUUAUUUGGGAGCAUACGAUACUGAAGAAGCUGCAGCACGUACCUAUGAUCUCGCAGCCCUGAAGUACUGGGGAAAAGAAGCAGUUCUGAAUUUUCCGAUAGAAAAUUAUGCAAAGGAUCUUGAGGAAAUGGACAAAGUCUCAAAAGAAGAAUAUUUAGCUUCUUUGCGGCGCCAAAGCAGUGGUUUUUCUAGAGGCAUUUCUAAGUAUCGUGGGGUUGCUAGGCAUCAUCAUAAUGGGCGGUGGGAAGCACGCAUUGGGAGAGUGUGCGGAAACAAGUACCUUUACUUGGGAACAUAUAAAACUCAGGAGGAGGCAGCUGUGGCAUAUGACUUAGCAGCAAUAGAGUACAGAGGAGUGAAUGCAGUGACCAAUUUUGACAUAAACAACUACAUUGACAAAGAGAAAAAGGACCAAACUCAAGAAACAGUAGUACAAACAGUACAAACAGAAACAGCAGUUCCCAACUCCUCAUACUUAGAAGAAGCAGAAGUAGAACAACAACAACUGAACACAACUACACCACCCCCUAUUGAGAAUCUGCACAUGCCACCACUGCAGCAAUACAACCAAGUUCCACACACACCCUUUGUGUAUCCCAGGGAAGAGUCAUCAUCAGUGGUGAAUAUCAUGGACCAUGUGCUUGAACAGGAUCUGCCAUGGAGCUUCAUGUACACUGGGGUGUCUAAGUUUCAAGAUCCAGACUUUGCUUUCAGCAAAGCUGAGGAUUUGGCAGCCAUGUUUUGUGAUGAUUCAGAGUUUGAGGAAGACAUUGAUUCUCUGUUUAGCACAAAGCCUAAUCGUGAGACGGAUGAGGGUGGUGGAAACAUGGUGCAUGGGGAUAACAAGCAGAAGGAGAUACUAUCUUUUGAAUCUUCUUCUCCAUCGUCUACAACAACUUCACUUUCUUGUAACUAUGCUUAGAUUAUUGGGUUUGUUAUGUGUGUUGUUGGGAUUUGUUGUGAUAGGUGGUGGAUGGGUGUGAACAAUACAUGACUUGUGAAAGUGUUCAUUGGGUUUAGAAUUUACUUUCUCCAAA